GGGAAAGAGAAGGGAGAGAGGAAAGAGAGGAAAUUAUAAUUAUUUAGGAGAUAUUAAACCUUCAAAUUUUGCUGUUGGAAGGACUUUAUCUACUCAACAUAAUAUUUAUAUGUUAGAUUUUGGAUUAGCUAGACUUUAUUUAAAUGCAAAAGGAGAAGUACGGACACCAAGAUCGGCUGCUGGGUUUCGAGGAACUGUUAGAUAUGCAGCUAUUUCUGCUCAUAAAAAUAAGGAAAUGGGUCGUCAAGACGAUUUAUGGUCUCUUUUCUAUAUGCUUAUUGAAUUUUUGAAUGGCUCAUUGCCUUGGAGAAGAAUAAAGGAUAAAGAUGAAGUUGGGAGAAUGAAAGAAGAAGCGGAUAUUCGGGAAUUACUUGAUGGAAAUCCAUCAGAAUUACAUCAUUUUGCUGAACAUUUGAGUGGAUUAACCUAUGGAGAUUUGCCUGAUUAUGAGCUUUUGGAGGAUUGUUUAUGUGUUGCAAUGAAAAGAUUAGGAAUUGGGGCAAAUGAUCCUUUUGGUAAAAAAAUAUAA